CCCUUUUAUUGCAGUUCUAAAACUACUUGCUUCGGAAGAAAGUGGGGGGCCAUGGCCACCCCGCCCCCUCCCUCCCCGCCAGUGGCGCGGGCCCUGCAGCGUCACGAUAAGACGCUCGAAACACAACCAUUUUAAAACCGCUGGUAUACGGACAUUAAAGAAUGUACCCAUUCUUCGUACAUAAAAACGUAGAUUUAUCACCCAUUACCAAACCUGAAAAUCAUUUUUUAAAUUUGUUUAGACUCUGUAGGAGAUGGCUUUGUUAGUAAAAUGAACAUAUCUUCACUCUAUUUCCUUUUAAUUAUUUAAACCACUUGCGACCGCUUGUUUGUUUGCAAAGCUGCAUGCUUUGAUGGGGAUGGGGUGGCUUUGUUUGUCUAAAUAAGUCAACGGAGAAGUAGCUUGGUAAUCAAUCAAAUGCAAUGAAAAGCACAUCUGGUUUAAACUUCAAUUUAAGUAAGUAAUUUCUUAAUCAAUGUCUAAUCAUUUCAGGUGGACGCAAUCAUUUGCAUUGGAUAUUCAGCGUGCCUGUUGGCAUUACAAUCUGCAUCAUUGGUUUGAUUGGCAAUGCUAUUUCGGUAUGUGCUUGGUACAGGAUAAUGAAAUCAAAAAGGACGGGUGGACUAGCAACAAGCAUAUAUCUUAUUGCCCUUGGUAUUGUCGACAGUGGUCUCCUGUUCUUCUUCCUACUAGUCGACACAAUUCCUGGAAAUAACCCGUCUGUCAAAAAUACAUAUUCUUAUGCUGCCUUCUUCUCUUAUUUCGGAUUCCCUUUAUUUUUCUUCUUCAUCGUUGCCAGCAUUUGGGUGAUGGUUGGAGUCACCAUAACUCGAUUUAUCAUGGUGAAAUUCCCAAUCAAAGCAAAGGACUGGUGUUCUGCUAAGCGGGCCUACAUUGGCAUUGGUGCCACAAUGGUUGCAACGUUUAUCAUCAACUUCCCUCACUUCUUUAAUUAUCGGCCCGUGAAAGUUGCCGGUGGCUAUCAACUGCAAAUGACAGAGUAUGGAAAGAGCGAAUCCGCCCAGAUGUAUGAAUUUUGGAUCCACUGCAUGAUUCUUGUGUUAGUCCCAUGGGCAACAAUCGCAUUCCUCAAUGCAAGCAUCAUAUACGCUUUGGUGAAGCGCACAAAGUACAUGCAGGGUCUCGACAAAACUGCAUCAAGCAAACCAGAGCGCAACAAGCAAGACCAGCAAAUGACGACAAUCCUCUUGACUGUCACCUUCACGUUUCUCAUCCUCCUGGCCUUGCAGUGUAUAACACAGUGUUUCUUUAUGCUCGGCAAUGGCAAGAAAAAUGUUAGCUGGGAUCAGAAUUCAGUCAGCACUGCAUUUGCCUUUGCCAAAAUGGGCGUCGUCAUCAAUUCUGCAAUCAACUGCUUUCUCUAUUGUUUCACUGGGUCUGUUUUCAGAAAGGAACUGAAGAAAAUGUUCGCUUGCAAGCCAUCCCGCCAAUAUGCCGCGUAUUCUAACACAUCAAAGGCAUCAAGGGGUGAUACUAAUGAGACCUACACUGAGUCGAAGGCCUAAGCUACAAAUAAACUGUCGACCAAGUAAAUUGUACGAUGACUCAGAGAGAUAUCCAGGAAUGACACAAAAGAGACUUAAACAUGAUUUUAGAUACUCUAUUAGCUUUCAAAAUCAAUACACGUCUACCAAAAUAUAUCCAUAUCACUCGCAAUCAUUAUGCGAUGCGUUUUCAGCCAAAUCAGUGAUCGUUCACGGUAUGCAGUUCAGCAAAAAAAGUCGGAAGCCCAAACAUAUGCGAAGGCAGGCAACAAACCACCACAAGGGACGGUGGUUCCCUGAAUCGUAAGAAGAUUUGUUUUUGUAUCCAGAUGAUUUGCCUAAAGAAAUAUGUUUUUGAUGGUGAGCCAAUAGGUUUGUUUUUCGCCAAAUACCUGGAUGGGCUUUGACUCUAUCUUUUUAAUAAAUCGUAUACCACCGUCAACCGUGAUGCUCCCAGCCACCCUGAUGCCCCCAGCAACCAGGAUGCCCCCAGCCACCCUGAUGCCCCCAGCCACCCUGAUGCCCCCAGCCACCCUGAUGCCCCCAGCCACCCUGAUUCCCCCUGCCACCCUGAUGCCCCCAGCCAUCAUGAUGCAUUGGCUUUUAUUUCAUAUGUGACAUUUUAAAAAGACAAUAUUUUUCAGGAAUAUGCAUCUUAUGAGAAGAAAUUUAACAUUAAACGACUUUAUUUGUAAGUUCACACGUUCGUAAAAUACUUCAUUAAUCGGUUUUGCUCCUAUUCUGUAUUUAAUCAUUUAGCCAUUCGCUAAGUAAUCUUUUGUUAUUUACUAAUGCAUCUAUUUGUUAAAAUGUAAUUGUUGCAUCUGCUAGUUAGACACCGUGCAGUGUAAUUUGUUUAUUCGUAUUGGAUUCAAUUCUUAAAAAUAUAGUUAUAUUUGUGUACAAAUA